AUGCCCAGUGGAAACCAGACUACAGUGACUGAGUUUAUUCUCUUUGGUUUCACCAGUAGUCCUGAGAUGGAGGUGGCCCUGUUUGUGCUGUUUCUCAUCAUCUAUUUUAGCACUUUGGUGGGAAACAUUGGCAUCAUCAUUCUAAUCCAGAUUGACUCCUACCUUCACACCCCCAUGUAUUAUUUCCUCUCCAACCUGUCCUUCUUGGACCUUUGCUACUCCUCUGCAAUUGCUCCCAAGAUGCUGGCAAACUUCUUGACCCACAGCAAGACCAUUUCCUUUGCUGGCUGUGCAACACAAAUGUUCCUUUUUGCUGCCUUUGCAGAUACUGAGUGUCUCGUUCUGGCUGCAAUGGCAUAUGACCGUUACAUGGCCAUCUGUAACCCACUACUCUAUACAGCUGUCAUGUCUCAGAGGGUCUGCAUCUCACUGGUAGCAGGAGCUUACAUCAGUGGUAGUAUGAGCUCAUUGGUACACACUUGUUUUACAUUCACGCUAUCGUUCUGUGGCUCCAAUGUCAUCAACCAUUUCUUCUGUGACAUCCCCGCACUGCUAGCACUUUCCUGCUCCAACACUCAUAUCAAUGAAAUCCUUCUCUUUGCCUUGUGUGGCACCAGCACCUUUGUGAUCCAAACCAGCACCUUUGUGAUCAUCCUUGUUUCCUACGCUUACAUCCUCUUUGCCAUCCUGAGACUCCACUCUGCCGACAACAGGCACAAAGCCUUCUCCACUUGCACCUCCCACCUGACAGCCAUCACCUUGUUUUAUGGAACACUUCUAUUCAUGUAUUUACAGCCUAGUUCUAGUUAUGUCUUGGACACAGGCAAAGUGGUCUCUGUAUUUUAUACUGUGGUCUUUCCCAUGUUGAACCCCCUGGUCUACAGCCUGAGGAACAAGGAAGUAAAGGAUGCCCUAAGGAGAACAUUAGAGAGGAAAGUGUUUUCACAGUGA